GGACCAUCCACUGACCCCAGCUAUCGACGCAGGUUAACGGUCCUUGACGAAGGCAUCGUGCUGUGGUAAGGUUCUACAAUCAUGAAGGUCCUCAAGGCCAGAGCAGGCGUUCUCACAAACCUCGAAGUCCUGACCCAUCUCCAAACCCUACAAACCGAUCUCGACUACAUCUCCACCUGUCGUAAAUACAACAUCUCUCGUCAAAUAUGGCGGGAACGUGGGAAAUCUGGUCAGCCUCCCGACGUGCCAACGUAUGAGGACGAGGUCGAGCCCGAGAUAGACAGAUUGAUACGGGUCAAAGAGAGAAGGAGGAUAGAUAGGUUCAAAAAGCGACAAGAAGUCAGACGCAAAAAGGCGGAGGCGAGUGAGAAGGAGUAUAAAAAGGAGUACAAGAAGUGGGAGGAGGAGUGCGAGAAGCUUCAGGCUGCGGCUGCCAGCGUACCCAAGAAACGAGGAGCGAAAAAAGCCCAGGCGGUAGCUUUACCCCCAGAGCCUCAACGGCCUGAACCGCUCCUCUCACCUGAACUCGACAACGAUUUGGAUUUGGAUUCGGAUUUGGGCGACGAAGACGAUAUGAUGAGCGGAGGACCACUGGAUCACGAGAGCGUCCUGAAGAGGUUGAAGGAUAAUGAGCAGUACAAUGCUGUGAGGCCGGUUCCGGACGCUCUGAGGUACAUUACCGAUGGGACCACGAAAUACCUAACCGACAGCAAACUUACCGUCACCCGCCGUCAGACGCCUCAAUUGAUCCAAGAACUCGUACAUCAGCUUCAUCCUUACCAGUUGACCAAGGCCGAGACAUUGCAGAUCGUCAACUGUCCUCCAAAGAGUCAGGUCGAAUUGUGGUUGAGUGUGGACGAGGUGGACGACCGACUCCCGGAUGAGGCACAACGGCAGGAACUUCUCGACCUCAUCGAAUCUCACCUCCUCCCUGCCGACGAUUCCGAGGCCAACUUUGGACAGACUGUGGACGAACAUCCAACCAAUGCCUCAGGGUACGCGGGUUACGACGACAUGGUGGACGAAGAGGAGAUGAUGGCGCGUGCGGGCCAGGAUCAGUUUUUCAGCGAGGACAAGUGGGGCAGGGAAGGGAUGGAAGAGGUCGAGGGAAGGGAUAUCGACGAGUAGACGGAUCUCCGUCUGUCCAUAAUGUGUCUGUCUGCUGCCCUUCUGUCGAGAUGUAUAACGACCCCUUUACGACUUACGAACCACGAUGUCAACCCAUGUCCUUG